AAUCGAGCAAGUCCCACCUUUGAGAACCCUUGGCCUUCGUACGCUCUUCGGCCUCCCCUCGAACUUCCAACGAUGGCCUCCGCCGCAGCCGCCGCCGCCGCCGCAUCGACGCAGCCGAUCAGAUUCUCCCUUCCCCUCUAUACCUGGAGAGUUAAUGGAGCCAGAAGGGUUGUUACGGCCGCAUGUCGUAUCUCUUCUUCUUCUCCUACUUCGCCCCUCUCUCGUCCGUAUGGAAGCGGAUGCGCUGCCCUUUUCGGUCAUCCACGGCGACUCCAAUCCAAGGGUUUCGGCUCAGCUCUCUCGUUUCGGUGCUUCUCCGCGUUGAGUCCGGAGAUGAGGUCGACGUUGGAUAAGGUGGUCAAAUCACACAAAGUGGUUCUUUUUAUGAAGGGAACCAAGGAUUUUCCACAGUGUGGCUUUUCAAACACUGUUGUGCAGUUAUUGAACUCGCUAAAUGUGCCGUUCGAGACGCUGAAUAUACUGGAGAAUGAAAUACUGCGCCAGGGGCUGAAGGAGUACUCCAACUGGCCAACAUUCCCUCAGCUUUACAUUGAUGGGGAGUUCUUUGGUGGCUGUGAUAUUACAGUUGAAGCAUACAAGAAUGGGCAAUUACAGGAGCUGUUAGAGAAAGCAUUGUGCUCUUGACCUGUGUUGGAUUACAGCAAGAUAUUCUUAUGCUUGAUUUGGUAAAAGGUGUUAAAACUCUUUGCUUGAUUAUCUGUAUUCAUAGUGAGAAGCAUGUAUCUUUUGAAACUUCAUGUUACUUCUAUAUGUUCUUCUACUUCAGUAAUAAUUUAUGGCUUUAAAGUUGAAACAUCUGACAUAAUCAAUUUUUUGUCAUAGCUGUAUUUA